AUGCCACGCGGGAGACGCAUGCACCACACCGGCGUCUCCACCGGCUCAGCCGAGAUUGAAGAAGAUCUCGACGAAGGGGACGGCGCACGUGAAACGGAGGAAGGGAAGGAAAAGGAGGAGGAGGAAAAGCAAGAGGAGGGACCUUUCUCGCGCCUCCCACUGCCCUCCUUCUUUGAAGACGCGCCUCCGACUCCUGAAGAGAAGGCCCAGAUUCGCGAACUGGAAGCCGUCAUUGCCGACUUCUUGGCGGAGCGCGCGAAACGGCAAAGGUUCCGCCUUCCGCCGACAGCCUCCGACUCAGGUGGGUGUACACCCCGCGGCGGUAGUGUGCCGCGAGGGGACUCGGACCGAGAGAGCGAGACAGAGCGCCAAGCAGAAGGCGCUGAAGCAGGCGAAGAAGGUGAAGCGGACGGAAAGGGAAAAGAACGGGAACAGAAAAGGCGGAGGCUGAGAGGUGGAGACUCCGAGACGAGGAGCGAGGACGGAAACGAAGAAGCAUACGAGGAAAGAUCGGAACCCCACUUCCGACUGGUUUAUGAUCCGCAAGAAAAAACGCCGCUGAUAGUCAAAACGGCAACCACUCAGUACGAUGGAAAACCUACGACGCUCAGUCCAGAGCUCCAGAGAAAGCUUGUGCGACGGACGGUGAUGAUUCUUCUGUUUGCUGCGCCCUACGCGACGAAGCUCAGCGACCUGCGAGAGGUGAUUCUUGUGGAGCAAACCGUGAAGAAAACCAACUUACGUUUCAUUCUCAAAGAGACGGCGCGCGUUAUGCGUACGCACUUGGGGCUUCUCCUGCGUCGGAUCAGCGGCAGUCCAGGCAACGGAAGCACGGACUGCUACUAUCUCUCUCAGGGAAUCGUCCAUGCUCGCCACAUUGAGAGCCUCACGACGGAGCGUGAGCACCAGCUGCGAGGGUUUCUGCUCUUCCUCGUCCCAGGCUUCAUUGCAUGCAGAGGCUCUCUGCACGAGAGCGAGUUGAAGGGAUACUUGACAGCUUGUGGGCGCUCCGACAUUAUUCGCGACUUCUCCGAGGCUGACCUCGCAGGCCUCGCCCUCCCCGAAAAUCAGAAGGUUCACGGCAAAUCGCUGAAAGACUCGCCCCUGCGACUAGAAACGCUCUGGGACUUCCUCCUCGAAUGCCGCCUUUUGAAAUACCUCACAUUUGUCAGCGGCGCGUCGUCUGACGCGCCGAAUUCUCACCAGCUGAGUUCCGUGCGCCCAACCUCGCGUCUGCGGGACGAGCUGUCUCUCGAAAACUUUCGAAAGGAGUGCAAAGCGCACUGGGGCGUUCGCCUGCCCUCAGGCGACCUUUUCGGCCAUCCCGAGGUCUCAAGCGAAGAUGAUGGAGACUCGGAGGCGACGUCGGAGACUCUCUCAGAUUCAGACGGCGCGUAA